UAGAUCUGCUUCUUAACAUGGUUAUCAGAAGAGAGCUAUUGCUGAAAGUCUGAUUUAUAGAGAAACCAUGGUUCGACUGACCUUGGAUCUAAUUGCCAAAAACAGCAAUCUUAAACUCCGGAAAGAAGAAACCACUUCACAAUACUUGAAGAAAAUAACUCAUAUAAACUUUUCAGACAAAAAUAUAGAUGCAAUUGAAGACCUCUCUCUUUGCAAAAAUCUUAGUGUUUUAUAUUUGUAUGAUAACCGUAUUAGUCAAAUCACUAACUUGAAUUAUGCCACAAAUCUGACCCAUUUAUACCUACAAAACAAUUGUAUUUCAUGUAUAGAGAACCUCAGGUCAUUAAAGAAACUGGAAAAACUGUAUCUGGGAGGCAAUUACAUUGCUGUCAUAGAAGGUUUAGAAGGAUUAAACGGACUAAGAGAGCUUCAUGUUGAGAGUCAGAGGCUUCCCCUUGGAGAAAAGCUCUUGUUUGAUCCAAGAACUCUUCAUUCUCUGGCAAAGUCCCUCUCUAUAUUGAAUAUCAGCAAUAAUAAUAUUGAUGACAUAAGAGACUUGGAAAUACUGGAGAAUCUUAAUCAGCUCAUAGCAGUUGACAACCAACUUCUGCAUGUGAAGGAUUUGGAGUUUUUACUGAACAAGUUGACGAAGCUGUGGAAAAUGGAUCUAAAUAGAAAUCCUGUUUGUCUCAAACCAAAAUACAGAGAUAGACUGAUACUGGGGUCCAAAUCACUGGAGUUUCUUGAUGGAAAAGCAAUUAAAAAUAUGGAAAGACAAUUUCUAAUGAAUUGGAAAGCAUCCAAAGAUGCCAAGAAAACCAGCAAGAAAAGGAACAGUAAAAACGAGGAUACAAGUAACUCAUACAUAAGUAACUUUGAAACAACACAUCACAUAGUUCCUGUUUAUUACCCACAGGUGGGUAAGCCAAAAUUAGUUUUUUUCUCUGAUGUACCAAAAUACCUUGCAAAUGGAAAUGCACUUCCAGAAGGCUCCCAAGAAGAUAACCCUAAAAUUAUUGAAGAGUCGGGGAAUCUCUUUGAAAGAAUGUGAAAGCUUGCUGACAAAAAAAUGAUGUACAUGAACCUCACCCUCUUCUUAAUUCAAAAGUAAAAGAAAAUCUGUAAAAAAACGAGUAAAUUCA